UUAAGAUUUGAGGCAGUUAAUACUAUUUUUUAUUUACUUUUAAAUAUAUCUUUGUUACAGCAAAAUAGAUUGUACAAAUUAAUAAAAAAAAAUGUGUAGUAUAACUAAAGCCUGCUUUGCAUGGUGUAUUUCACACCUUUGAAAAAGUUUCGCAUACAUUUCAGUACUGGGUUAAAAGGUCGCAGAAUUAAAAUAAAAAAAAUCGGUUCAAAUCUGUUGGUAACUAUUUUAACUAGCUCAGUCACAACAGGAUCUCAAAUCAAUGGAUAUCUUUCAUUCGUUGCUUUUCGUUCGUUUCCUGGCGUUUCCUUUAACCAACAUUUGGCCCAAUUAAAUUCGGUAUUCAAAAAAAGGAGUACGCCUCCCUCCCGCUUCCCUUUGCUGGGGCAACAAAAAAAAUCAGAGGCGCCAGAGAGAGAGCCAGAGGAACAAAAAACCGGAAUAGCCGAAACACAAGAGAGAGCGCGCAAAAGAGUGAGAGAGAAGAGACAAAAAGUACACACAUAAAAAACAUAAACAAGCCUUUUUUCAUAAGGCGAGCAAGCGAGAGAGAAGAACGGCGGAGAGCGACAUCAUUCCACCCUCUCGCUCAGCUGCUUCAGAAAAAACUUGCUUCGGUUGUGAUUUUUUUUCCACUCUCUUUUUCGCCGCCGAACCGAGCAGAGUCCCGUUUUUUGUUGCUCCUGCUUUGCACCGCGUUCGUCUCUUGAUGUAAACAAGCGUAACCGAAGCUUACGCCGCGCCACCCACCGCCUCCUCCAAAACGAUUGUAAUUGCAAUUAAUCGCAGAAGGCGGGUCGCCAAAAAAGUCCGAAAAGCCAAAAAAAAGCCCGAAAUCAUAAAAAAGGGGCAAAAGCACAAGUGCAGAAAAAAGUGACUUGUGCGAGUGUGUGUUGGUGUAUUUUUGGCGUGCGCGGCCAUUUUUUCUUGUUGCCACACGGGAAUCUGUUUUAAGUGUGUUGGUGUAUGUGGAAGAGAAACCAAAAAGAAGAGGAAUAUAAAAAAGCGAAAUUUGCAAACUUAAAACAUAAUAAGUAGAAUCUAUAAAAUACGUAAAAAAGGUGCACGAAUGCGUCUAAUCCAACAAGUCAAAUACCGCAAAAUCGCAAGCAAAUUGUUCCCUAAAAUACCUGUGUGAAAGAUUGGAGGAGUGUGGAGGAACCCACCGUACCCCCCUCUUCCUGCAAUAACCACCUACAAUCAGCAGCUGAACACGUGCUCGCGGGCCAAAAUAUCAACAAAAGUUGGCCCACAAAACAUAAAGCAAUAAGAAAACCCAGAACACAAAAGACCUUUUCGAAUUGUCUGUUUCCCGCGCUUGCUGCACAGUGGGCCGGAUGUAAUACGGGGGAAUUCUAGAUAGUAAAAACCCCACAACAGCGCACCAGAGGAAAGCGUAGAGCUGAGUCUCUUGUGUAAGCGGAGUCCGCUGCUCCAAGUGUCGACUGUCGGCGGUCGAUUCGCCCCACAAUCGUUGGUGAGCUCUGCCCCAAGCUGGACGCACGCACCAUCGCCUACCGCCCGCUGACACUUGGGGGCCAUCAGCCGCCGCUUAUGGCCGAAUUGCCGACGGCGCCGAACGGCGUCUCGAGCGGUGACUAUCUCCAUCGAUCUAUUGACCAGCUGCGAUCCCUCACGCACCUGACCACAGCGGAUCUGCGCACCGCACAACUGGUCCAUGACUACAAGCCAUUCAACAUCAAUGAGUUUCGUCAGAAUGUGGUGGAGCGACUGGACUACAGCCUGAAGAAUGGCCUGGUGCACCACCAACAGCAGCAGCAGCAACAGCAGCAGCAGGAGAUGUUGCAGCAGCAGCAGCAGCAUCAGGCACAUCAAGAGCAGCAGCAGCAACAACAACAACAGCAGCAACAGCAUCACCAUCAGCAGCAGCAGCAUCAUCUAAAGUCCAGCUACAGUGCGCCAAGCUCUCCGCCAACGCCACACGAGCAGCAGGAGCAAAAGUACGAUCCCAAUAGAUCGCCUCCACGGCCGCUCAUGAGCAGCGGCAGCAAUGCCUCGUCGCCAGAAGAUGAUCGCCGAGGCAGCGGCGGAGGACCUGGAGGUGGUGGAGGAGGAGACGGGGACCAGUCAAAGCCAUACAAAUGCGCCUCGUGCAGCAAAUCCUUUGCCAACUCCUCGUAUCUGUCGCAGCACACGCGCAUCCAUUUGGGGAUCAAACCCUACCGCUGCGAGAUCUGCCAGCGAAAGUUUACGCAACUGUCGCACCUGCAGCAGCACAUCAGGACGCACACGGGGGACAAACCGUACAAAUGCCGGCAUGCCGGCUGUCCCAAGGCCUUCUCGCAGCUCUCGAACCUCCAGUCGCACUCGCGAUGCCAUCAAACGGAUAAACCCUUCAAAUGCAACUCCUGCUACAAAUGUUUUGCCGAUGAGAUGACGCUGUUGGAGCACAUACCCAAGCACAAGGACUCCAAGCACCUGAAGACGCACAUUUGCAAUCUGUGUGGGAAAUCCUACACGCAGGAGACGUACCUACAGAAGCAUCUGCAAAAGCAUGCAGAGAAGGCGGAAAAACAGCAGCAACGGCACUCCAGUCAGGUGGCUGCAGUGCAGCAGCAUGUGCCAUCGGGGGGAAUUGGUUUGAAUCUGCAGCGCCAGGCGAUGAAUGAUGUGAAUGCUGCCUACUGGGCCAAGAUGGGCGCAGACAGUGCGGCUGCAUCGCUGGCAGAGGCCAUACAGCAGCAGCUGCCCCAGACCAAUGGCCAGACGUACGCGAAUUUUGCCACGCUCCAGCAGCAUCAGCAGCAACAACAGCAACAGCAGCAGGAUAUGCUGCAGCAGCACCACCAGCGGCUGGCGGACACACCCGGCCACUCGCACAGUCCGCAUGAAGACCCCGCCGGCGAGGAUCUCGUCCUGCGGCAGACGACACCACAGCAUCACCUGCAACAGCAACAACAGCAGCAGCAGCCCUCGCCUGGGCCUGGAUCCUCGGCUUUUACUCCACUGAGCGCCACCGUGCCGCCCUCACAUCUUCAGCAGCAUCGUGGGGCACCAGCGGCCACCGCGGCCUACCUCUACCAGCAGAAUGCGGCAGCGGCGGCCGCUGCCUUUCCCACGCAGCUGAUUUCUCUGCAUCAAAUACGAAACUAUGCGCACCAGCCAGGGGCAGCGGGUCUCAUCGCUGGCGAUCAUCUAACCCUGGGUCUGAGCGCCGUCCAGGCGGCCAAGGAGAAGGCCCAAUAGUACAGGCCCCUACGUGGCCACAAAAGGCAGCUACGAUGACAUUAGUUGUAGGUUUCAGCAGACGUUUAAACUGGCAUGAGUUUCCAACAAUUACAUGCGGAAUUCAUCCCAGUUUCAACACUCGAAAUUAUGUGUAAGUUAGGUUUAGUUUAGGCACCAGUUGAAGGCAGUGCAGGAGCUGGUACUUCCAUUUAGUAUUAACCUUUGUAUAGACUUACAAACCCUCUAGAAUCAGGAAAAGUAUUGAUUGCUUUAUUCUACUCAUAAAUCUCACUCUCCAGACUCCAAAACACUGCCCGAAAAUAAAAACGCAGCUCCUCCCUGCCCUCAACUGCAAAUUUCGAAGAAUAUCUAUAGAGGACAUGUGUAUCUAGGACAACUCAGGAUUUAUAUGAUAUUUAUAUGACCCUUUCCCAUCUUUCUAUUUAUGAAAAAUAUCUCUCCAAAAUAAAAAGGUAAAACUCUGAAA